UUUCUAACAUUACUUAAGUUCUGCCAGAAAUGGGUGAAGACAACAUACUGCAAAAAUGUGACAAAUCAGAAAGUUAGGGCUGCAAAUGUAAAAUGUGCGGUCAAAAAGACAAACAGAUUAGAUUGUCAAUCAAAAUGGUGUAAUUUUUAUUGGCAUUUUCAGUACGAAAUGCUGCCCAAUCAUUGGUGAAAGGGGUUGCACAAUUGCUGUGAAACACACUUCAUUUCCUUACUGCCCAAAGUUAAAUUUACAUGCAAAAUUUUUAUAAGUGCACUUUUUCAUCCAUGCGUCACCUUUUUUUAUGCUGGUGUUCAUUCAUUCAAAUGUAGAAUUUGAAACUGCGGAAACUCUUCUAAAUUCAGAAGUCCAUAUGCUGCUUGAGCAUCGUAAGCAGCAGAAUGAGAGUGCAGAAGAUGAGCAGGAGCUCUCAGAAGUCUUCAUGAAAACCUUGAACUACACAGCACGCUUCAGCCGCUUCAAAAACCGUGAAACCAUUGCCAGUGUCCGUAGUUUGCUGCUCCAGAAAAAGCUCCAUAAAUUUGAAUUGGCAUGUUUGGCUAACUUGUGUCCUGAGACAGCUGAGGAAGCAAAAGCCUUGAUUCCUAGCCUGGAGGGUCGAUUUGAAGAUGAAGAAUUACAACAGAUUCUUGACGACAUUCAGACUAAACGCAGCUUCCAGUACUAAAGUUAACCCUCAACCCUUUUAUCUGAACAGAAGAACCUGGGAACUUUGACAGUUUCUCAGCCCUCUGACCAGCUCCUGGCUGAGUAAAGGGAGUUGUGGAUCCUGGGUACUCCAGGGCUGUGUCAUCUACAGGUGCAUUCAGACUGGAGAUCAUUAUAGUCCUUUUGGUUUAUUCCAUAUGUGUGUUUGUAAGGACGCCUGCGUUGUGAGAGCCAAAGAAUCUGAAAAGCCUUUUUCCAGUGGCUCAAGUGUUUGUUUUUUCAAAAUCCCUCUACCCAGUUUGGAAAUUUUCAACAUGUUUCUGUUUUUUAGCAGAAAUGUGGAUGUGACUUUUUCUUUUUUUUUUUUUUUUUGUGAACUUCUAAACAAGAUGGAGAAACUUGUUCUUGACUCUCAGAAGGUUUAGUGAUGGGCAACAUCAAUUUCUGUGGUGAUGUUUUUGUUUGGUUUUUUUUUAAAUAUUCUUUUUAUUGUUUGAUUGGGACAGUGGAUUUUUACAGCUUCAAUAAUUUUCUAUUGUUUAGUGUAAAUUAAAAGAUAUUUCU